AUGGAGUCUGGACAAAGUGGAGUCAAGAUUCCCGUAUGGAAUGGCGAGGCUUCGACACUAGAGAGUUUCGAAGAGAAGGUGAAGCUGUGGGUCCUCGGCACCAAGAAGGAAGACAGAGUCUAUCUAGGCCCGCGUCUAGUUCAGGCAAUGGACGAGGACUCCCAGCAGUGGCACGAAGCCAAGAAGGUCGUGCUGGACGACCUAGUCAAGGAAGACGGUGCCGAACGAGUCGUGAAUGCGCUGAAGGGCGUUCGAGGUACUGUGACAAUGCAGGAAGCAGUGUCGAAGUGGAGAGAGUUCAUGAGAGGCAUCUACAGGAACCCAGGAGAGGGACCGAAGAAGUGGGUCUCGAGGUUCGACAUUCAUCUCAGCAAGAUCGGCAAGGCCCUCCACGCGGUGCGCAAUGACAUUCCAGCGACGGGCUUCAUGCACGAAUUCAUCCUGGGGUUGAUCUUGCUGGGCGGUACGGGUCUGGACCCAUCCGAGCAAGCAGCAGUGCUGGCGACAUCGGGUCCGAAGGGCAACUCGUACAUGUACCAAGACGUGAAGAAGGCGCUGGCAGAGCAAUGGUCCGAAGAACAGUUGGCAACCAUAGAUAAGCAAAAAGGGUACAAAUCUAGAAAAGGAGUGCACGCGAUAUUCGAGGACCCUGAGCAGAUAGGCGAGCUGACCGCCUACGCGGAAGAGAUCUACGACGAGGCCUACCACGACGGCUUCGGGGAGGCCGCCGACCUGACGGAGACGGCGAUGGCCGCCGCCGAGGAGCUCAUGACGGCGACGAUCGGGGAUCCCUCGAUCGCAGAGGAGCAUCCUGGACAGGACGAUAGUCUAGCGGCGGCAGUCCUUCCUGGAGAAGAUCGAGCUGACGAGUGGACGGAGACAGCAUACGCCGCUUCUCGCACGUUCCUGGAGGCUCGGAAGCUCAUCAAUGAGGUGAAGAACGCGAGGGGCUACUUCCCAGUGGUCGGACUGGGAGCGUACGAUGCCAUGCCUACUCAGCCAGCUGAUCGGAAGAGAGCGUUCAACAGCUUCGUGGGUGCUCUGGAGCACAUCGUGGAGUUCGACAGCUUCGUGGGCACGUGCGCCGAGGAGCAGAUCCUGGUGGAGGACGACGGCAACUUCGAGGACGGCACGUUCAUCGGCUUCAGCCUUGACGAGUGCAAGGGCCACGCAAUUCUGGACGGCGGUGCGUCCAGGUCCGUAGGCGGCGUUGAGCAGCUGGAGUACCUGAACGGGCACUUGCACCCGAUGGAGGUGGGCCCAGGGGCGGGCCUGGGCUUCUCGUUCGCGGGUGGCGACCAGGCGGACGCCCCCUCGAAGGUCUCGUUUCAGGUCCACAACCUCGACGACCAGACAGUAGAGAUCUACGUGCUAGACCGCCCGUCCCCCAUCCUGCUGGGAGUCGACAUGCUGAAGAAGUUUGGGCUAGUGAUCGACUACGAGCGGAACACUGUGUAUUCCCGGAGGCUCAAGAAGGAGAUUCCCACGAGGGUGCUGGCGUCUGGCCACCUUGCCUUGGACUUGACGGCGCUGAGCGACGCUGGCUCAGCCUUGUGUUGCGACCCUGGUCGCGACACAGCAACUGCGGAAAAGACGUCAUCCAUCGUUGUCGCUACCAGGGGCCCUAAGGACGCUGAAGACCUUCCCAGAGAGCUCCAACAGCUACUCGAAAUAGGUAUCCGAAUAAGAUCAAAGUUCCCGAACUUGAGCACCCAGAUGAUGACACCGAUUCUAGAACACCUCCUGGAGUACGCGAACUGGGCCGAGGGAGACAAGGGGACGAACGCACACGUAGAUCAGAUCAAGUGCAGGGACUGCGGAGAGAUCCUGUUCAAGUACAUCUUCGCAAAGCCGCAGGACCAGCAGCUCAGCCUCUGCAUCAAGUCGCGCGAGCACUUCCAGCGGCUGGAGGCGACGGGGCAAGCUCAACUACCACGAGUUCGCCCCUCCUGCAACCCGGACAUGAACUACGCGGACAGCACCUCAGAGAGCGAGCCGACUCCCGCGAAGUGCUCCACAGCCUACGCCAAGCCGCCCGCUGUGCAGAUGAUCAUCGAGAACGAGAGGAACGCGAUUCGACAGGAGGAGCAGACGCGCCUGGCCAAGGAGAUCAUCGAGAAGGGUCUCAUUCAGACUUCAGCCCCGUCAAAACCAGACGUCGAGAUCAAGGUGGAGGAGAUGAUCGACCCUCCGAGGGCAAUGAAGCGGCAGGGCGUUCCAGAACCGAUGGUCAGCAAGAGUGCCUACGGAAUUCCAGUGCCCGGGGAUCUUCCAACGCCCUCGGGCAUGCCGAGACCAGCAGGAGCCAUGAAGUUGGUCCAGGCGCUGAUGGAGGAAAGGCCACGGAAGGUCUGGUUCUCACCUCCUUGUGGAGCAGAGAGCCCUCUGCAGAACCUGAACCCCAUGACCGAAGAAGCGCAGAAGAAGCUGAUCAAAACUCGAAAGAUCCAGCGCAACACGGUCUGGGCGAUCACACAUUUUCGAGAAGCUGGAUUCUGUGACAUUUACCUGGAGCAGUCAGGGAGAUGCAGAUCAUGCACAGGCAACUUCAAGAGCCUCAAGCAGGAGCUGCAUGGAUGCACCAUCCACGGGUGCAUGUACGAUAUGCGCGAUGAGAAGGAAGAGGUGCUGCUAAAGAAGGAAUGGUAUAUAGCUACAACUGAUGAGACGUUCGAGAAGGAGGUUGGACGUCGAUGUCAAGACCUACAUGUUAAUCUACCGAUCGAAGGAGAGACUCGUGUGGCGCUAACGGCGAACUAUCCCGUGAACAUGUGCAAGAAGAUAGCGAAGCAUUUCAUGAAGACGAUAACGUCCGACGAAGCCCUCUCCUACCUUGUCAAGGAAGUCAACGCGAAAGACGACGGGGACUUGGAGGCCAUCAUCGCGCACCUGCACCGCAACUUCGGACACUGCAGCUUAACGGCAGUGGAGGCCGCUCUCAAGACUCGGCAGGCCGACAGGAAGCUGGUCGAUCUGUGCAAGCACUAUGAAUGCCCGUCGUGCAAGGCCGCUCAACGUUUCCAACUUCGUCCAAUCGCGAGCUCAGGGCCGUCCGUUCCGACGCCUGGGAAAGAGCUAGGAGAAAUGGACAAGAACUGCGGCAACACCACAGCUCAGGAGAUGAAGGAUACGGUCCUGAAGAGCUGGAUCCAGCAUUACGGCAAACCAGAAGUUCUGAGAUCAGAUCCUGAAGGUUGUUUUCGGAAAGCGGAACAUCGUGCGUGGCUAUCAGGUCAUGGCAUUGAAAGGCGACCAGAACCUGGAGAAGCUCAUUGGCGCAUGGGCGUGGUCGAGAGGUGCAUAGAGACGAUCAAGGAGAUUGCGACUCGGAUGGCCUGGGAAGCUCCAGAAGAUAUCGAGCCGCAGGAGAUCUUCACGUGGGCGUGCGCCGCCAACAACGACCUGAUGAGACACAACGACUACAGCCCACUUAUGCUCCUCAUGGGUCGCACUCCAGCCGGACAUGGUCUACAAGAUGAGGAGAAUCCCUCCACUCUCAGCGCAGAGGUGAAGGAGGAUCAAUUCCAGAAGCUAGUGCUGAACAAACGGACUGCGUAUAAAGCUUGUGUAGAACACUACCUAUCCGAGAAGACGAAGAGAGCGCUGUUAGCCAAGACACGACCGUUUAAGGUCUGGGAGCCUGGCGAAAAGGCCCACUACUGGAGAAGCGCCAAGGGUAACAGCCACAAGACGAAGCAGGGGAUGUCUGGACGCUUCCAUGGUCCGGCUACGGUGCUGAUGCAAGAGCGCGAGGUCAAGAACGGAGUAGCAGAACGUCGCGGAGUCGUCUGGCUUGUGGAUGGUGAUCGACUGGCACGAGCAGCAGCAGCACACCUGCGCACCGUCACGAAGGCGGAGCAGACGCUGGAGAGUAUUUCGGCAGGCAGCUCAGACCAAUUCCAGAGGAUGCCGACCAACCAGGACCAGACGAGUGGCACGACAUUCCCGAGGGUGAAGAUGGACAGGGAGGAGAUCAACACCGAGAACCACCUCGCGACGAUCAUGGACCGGAUCACGAAGAAGAAGAUCUACCAGGAGAACCAGCAGAAGUUCACGAAGAGCCAGGAGGAGGACAUGACCGACCUGCUGAGAGACCUCAACCCGAAGUUCCCUGGGAUGACGAGCCACCUCCAGAAGGUAUCAACAAGCGGGAAGCAAAGACAUCGCGCCGACUUCGUGGUCUACUUGGAGAUGCUGAAGGCGCAGGCGCCUGACAUCUACAUGGCCGAUCUGGGACGCACAGAUCCUGAAGAAGAAGUCUCUCCGGAAUGGAAGUCACCCUGGGAGUACUCACGGAAGGCGAAGCAGGAAGACCUCGUCGGAUAUUCCUCGGAGGAGAAAGCAGGGCUCGCAGUAUUGGUGGGCUUCACUAUAGACGAGAAGGACCUGGGCCAGCUGGAGAAGAAUCCUGAGAGAAUGCUGGCAGCUUUGGUGAAGCAGAACAAGGUCGAGGUCAAGUUGAAGGACCUCACACCGGAGGAGAAGAAGCAGCUGCCUUUUGCCAAGGAGAACGAGAUCAAGUCGUUCUUGAAGUAUCGAGUCUGUGAAGCGGCCAGCCGUGCUGGCGUACAUCCGGGAGCGUUAAUGAAGAUGCGCUGGGUCAUCACCAAGAAAGACGGGCGACCUCAAGGCACGCCUGGUGGUUCUUGGUUACACGGAUCCGAGCUUGGGACAGAUCAAGACGGCAUCCCCUACGCGCAGCCGUAG